AACAACUUAACUGUGAUCCAUAUGCUCUAAGUGAAGUCGAUUUUGAUUAUGGACUUACCUAUGUGCCACCAAUAGCUUCCAUGGACAUUCUGACCUAUAUUGUUUUUACUCACAGCCCACAGCUUUUAUACCCAUGAACAAAUGAGAGCUUAUAAAAGUUUAGCAGCUUACAAAUAUUUCAAGUCUGGCUUUGUAGAAAAAGUGGGUUUUAAAGUUAUUAAUGAUCUGGUGCUUUUAAUAGGCAAGGUGCAGCAUUCAAUGAGAGCUAGAGAAACCAAAUUAAGAGUUUGGAUUAUCGCUGAAACAGGUGGUAGUAUUUGUACUGCGCAUUGUACUUGCAUGGCAGGUCUUGGGGAAGUAUGUAGCCAUGUUACAGCAGUUUUGUACGCUGCAGAGCAUGCAGCAUAUUUGAAGCAGCAGAAAAAUGAAAAGAAUGUAGCGUGUACAGAUGUCAAAUCAACUUGGCCAGUUCCAACGCAAAGUGGUACACAUCCAAUAGAAGCUGCUUCACUAGACUGGGGGAAAGUGAUAGAAGAAAAAAAUUAUAAGGAAAUUCCUCCAAUGGAUGAUAGCGAAAUGUUGGACUUGCUGCAAGAAUUGCAAAAUUCCAAUUGUGACGCUGUUUUGAUGAGGCAUGUAGAGCCAUUUGCGUCACAACUGUCAGAUGAAAAUAAUGAAAAAGUUAGUAUACCAGUCCUUUUUAAUGUGUACCAUAAAAAAUAUGAAAAAAUGCCUCUAGAUGAUCUCAUUCAACUAGGUAUGAAAUGUAAAAUGGAGGUAACCCAGAAUAUACGAAGAGAAAUAGAAGAUAAGACACAGGACCAAAGGAAAUGUGCAGAGUGGUAUAGACAAAGGACUGGUAGAGUAACAGCUUCAAUUUUUAAAGAUGUCUGUAGAACCAAUGUGGAGAAACCAUCCCUAUCUUUGAUCAAAUCAAUAUGUUACCCUCGCAAAAUUUCUACAAGGGCAAUAAGAUGGGGGAUAAAUCACGAACAGCUGGCAAUUGAUGCUUAUAAAAAAGAAACUAGCAGGAAUCAUAGAGACUUUAUAGUGAAUACAAUUGGCUUGGUAGUGUGCAUGAAAUGGCCUCAGUUAGGUGCCUCACCUGAUGGAUUUGUGUAUUGUGACUGUUGUGCUGCGGGUACCUUAGAAGAAAAGUGUCCAUUUUCUCUUCGAGAAAAUGGAAAUUUACAGGAGUAUGCAAGUCGAAAGGACUCCUGUCUUGAAUGUGAUAAAACUGGUACAGUAAAAAUGAAUAAAAAACAUAAGUACUAUUACCAGGUGCAAGCACAAAUAUUUAUUUGUAAACUUAAUUAUUGUGACUUUGUUGUCUGGUGUCCUAAUUUUAUAUUUAUCGAAAGAGUUUUACCAGACAUAAAAUUUUGGGAAGAAAUUAAAGAUAAAGUCCUAAAUUUUCAUGCAAAAGUAAUUAUGCCUGAACUUUUAGGACGUUAUUACACUUCCAGAGUACCAGGUGGCAAUAUAACAAAGUGGUGUUUUUGCAAUAAUGUCGAUGAUGGCCAACCUAUGGUUCAAUGCUCAUAUGAGAAUUGUAAUAUUUUCUGGUUCCAUAUUGGGUGUGUAAAUUUAUUAGAAAAACCCAAAACUAGGUGGACAUGUUCAAUAUGCAACCAGAAACUAUUUCAUGAUUAUGCCACAUAAAAUUUUAAUGGUUCAUGUUUCCAUUAUUUUCAUAAUCAUUAUUGAGUCCAUUCACUCUCUUCUUCCAUUUCGCACUUUCUGCACCAUGGUUCAUUCACCUUACUUGUCACCAUUUCAGUGACCGUUUUCAUCUCUCGUUUAUUGAGGUUCAUGAAACUGUUUGAGUUUUUUAUUAAUAUUCUUGAUUAUUUUUUUUUAUUUAGUCUAGACUUGAACUUGAGUGGUUCUCCUUUUCUAUUGAUGAUUCUUUAUCAGCCAUUUCUGAACCUCAUUUUUCGUAGCAUCAUUAGUGAUGCCACAGAAAGGUUCUGGACCUUCAAAAGUUUCCCUCGAGCCAUGUUUAUUCCAUAUAUACAUACAAAAGUACAGUGUACCAUAGUAUACAUAUACUUUUAAGAGGAAAUUUUGAAACUUUGUUUCCUUAAUAUUUUUACAAUUCAUUCUACGGUUGAUAUAGGUCAGUCUCCGAAACAUCAAAUAAAUACAUUCUUUUCAGUUUUCAUAUGAUUUAUUUUCAUUAAAAUUGUCACAAAUUUUUUAUUAAUAUCAAAAUACAAAAACAACCAAUGAGGUGUACAUAAAUAAUAUACGCUAGCCACAGUCAUUAUUGUAAGAAUGCUACUUAAAGUUAAAAUUAAAUCAUUUGAAUGCAAAUUAUUGUCUGGAAUUGUUGAAUUCUGGACAUUAUUUUCGUUCUAGUUGAACACAUUUUUUGCAAUUUUUUUAUGCAAUCAUUAUGUUACUACAUGAUCUCUUGCUCUUGUAUUGGCUUUUAAAUUGUUAACUGUACUUAGUUCUUUACAAACUUAAUGUCUGUAUUUUACAUUUCUCAAUGGUUCGUUUCACUAGCUGCUUUACUUACAACUUGCUAGUUGCAUUGCUUUUUUUCUAUGGAUGUUUGUUAUUUAUCAAACUCAUUUGUAGAUGAACUGGUAAUGUUCACUAAUUAGUGAACAAAAAUGUCUUCAAUAAAUAGAUGAAGUAGCCGAA